AAGUCGUGUCAGAGAUAUAUAAGCUCUAGUGAAGUGUCAGUUGCACUCAGGCCGUUCUACUUUGCAGUUCAUCCUGAUCUUUUUCAACAGCACCCUCAGGAGCGGGACACAAACGAAAACUCACUGAAGCAACUCAAUGGCUAUAUUGAAACACUUAUGCAUUCAAAGCCUGUGAGGCCAGCAAAAGUUAAAUUCUUUCUCCGCAAGCAACAGUCUACUGAUCACAAAUUCAAGGCUGUGAAUAUAUCUUUGGCCCAGAAAGAUAUUCGUGGAGCUCUGCAAAGUAUUCUAUCUUCUUGUGCCUUAUCAACACAUUAUAUUGACAACCUUGUCACAAAGAAAAUUCCAACAAAACAUAAGAUUGCUGGUGUUAAAAAUGGAAACUGGGAUGCAGACUUGUGGGAGGAGACAUUUGCAACGAUGGAGAAGGCAACCCCAACCGAAGAAACUCUUUCCGACUGGGUGAAGAGGUAUAGCAAAGAUGCUGAAGAGCGUUCUAAAGCAUGCCAGCCUGUUCGUGACGAAAUAUUUCGGCUUCAGGAAAAGCUGUGCAAGAAACUUCAACUGAAAGGUCUCUUAUGGGCCUGUGGAUGGGGAACGUCGCAUUUUCGAGGUUGUCUUCAGUCAUUUCAAUCUCUGAUUACUCAUCACCCGGAAGAGAUGAGCAUUUUAGCUGGAAGAACUGUGAUUUUUGGCAACGAAUCCGGAGUAUCUCUUCAAGGACAUAUUGUAUUGAAUAGCGGAGAAGUUCGUCAUAAUUGGUUAGACUUAAUCCGCAAUUUGCUGCGCUAUGAGACGCCAUUAAAGCGGGUACCGGCACUGGAAAAGGCUCUAUCUCGUUCGAUUUGUGAAAUCAAAGUGGCCCAGCGCCUAUUUCGGCCUGAAUUGUUGGUGGAAGCGUAUGAAUCUCAUCUGAGGAUGAUUACAACCAGCAUGGGUGAUUAUCGCACGAGACAUCGAUUCCCGAAAGAGUGGCCAGAGAAUAUGAGCAACUUUCACUUGGUGGUUGAAGGGGAGGCCGGUCCUCUUAUGCUCUCUCCUAGCGGACAGUUCAUUACUCCGUCUUCUUGCCCUAUUUCCUUACUCGUCUCGUUCAUGACAGCCAAUCUUGAGGAGGCUCGCGCCCGUUUGGACCGAUAUGUUGCCGACGUGAAGCAAGAAAAAGAUUUGAUAGCCCAAUGCGUUCAAACGUUUGGACUUUUGGCGUUGGACAAAGACGACAAUGUGACUCCGUCUGAAUGUAGUCAGUGCUGUAAUCAGCUACUGAAGCAAGUUGAUUAUCUUCGACCGUACUUGCAACACGGCCGUGUGAGGAUCACACACUAUUACUCUUUACUUUCGGAUGGAGAAAUGUGCAUCCCAUGGUAUGCCAAAUAAAAUGAGUCCGUCACAGGUGGGCAGGAUUUUUGACCUGACGUAAUAAUUAUUAUUAUGACGUGACACAAAAGAAAAACUUACUUAUAGUAUACGUAUUAAAACGCUUAUGACUAGAAUUUGGUUGACAUGGUUGUGUUCUAUGUGCUAUUUUUCUCUCUUCUUUGUAUUGCAUUUUCAGAAAAAAAAAGAACAUUGUUUUCGUAUUCAAAUGGCGAGUGGCUAGCUCAUAUUAAAAACUGUUGGACAUUUU